CGCACUGCACCGUCAUUUCUUGGAGCGCUGCAGUAUAAUUUCUAGGCAGGCUGCGGUUUACUGAGUGACGCAGUGGGUACGUUCCCGUAGGGGAGCGGAGGAGAAAUCCACGCUGACAUCCUCGUCUCCAGCCAAAAGUAGCUCCGCACGCCAGCUCACAUUCUCUGCAUGGCUCGCAGCUAGCGAAGUCGUCAGGUAUACUUGAAAGGACUUUCCAUCUCAUAACUCGUAACUGGAUACUGCGUGCAUGACUAGUUAAACAACUGCGGUAAGCCCAGUUUCACCGGAAUGUUCUGUGAACAAUGAAGCUGCUUUUGGUUGUGGUCUCACUGCAGUUGGUCCUGGUCCCCGUGUUCAUGCUUCCCAGUGAUGAUCACUGGGAGGAAUGGGGUCCGUAUGGUGAGUGCAGCCGCACUUGUGGCACCGGGGUGACGGCCAGGACGAGGCGAUGUGUGACUCAACGAACUGAUGGAGGCCAAAACUGUGUGGGACCUAGUAAGUCCUAUCGCUCCUGUAACAUUCAGGACUGUCCAGAGGGAUCCAGGGAUUUCAGAGAGGAGCAGUGCUCCCAGUUUGAUGGCACUGACUUCCAUGGAAAACGCUACAAAUGGCUACCUUACUAUGGAGAGAACCCAUGCGAGCUGAACUGUAUCCCCAGAGCAGAGAACUUCUACUUCCGCCAUCGCUCCUCUGUAGUGGAUGGCACGCCCUGCCACCCAGGCAGAAAGGACAUCUGUGUGGAAGGAGUGUGCAGGCGUCUCGGCUGUGACAACAUGCUGGAGUCACAGCAGGAGGAGGACGCAUGUCUGCAGUGUGCUGGAGACGGCCAGUCCUGCCACCGCAUCGCUAACACCUUCUCCAUGCUUAACCUGCCCAAAGGUUAUAAUCAAAUGUUCAUUAUCCCUGUUGGUGCUACCAGCAUCCGUAUCAGUGAAACUGUAGCUACUCGUAACUACUUGGCUAUUAAGAACCUGCGUGGUGAGUACUAUCUUAAUGGGCACUGGGUGAUUGAAUUCUCCCGUGCCACCCCCAUCGCUGGCACAAUGCUGUACUACCAGAGAGGAGCAGAGGGGGAAAUGGCCCCCGAAAGCAUCGUGGGUCGUGGCCCCACCACUGAGCCCCUGGUGAUUGAGCUGAUCACUCAGGAGCCCAACCAGGGAGUGGAGUACGAGUACUACCUACCUAACGGGCGCUCCCGAGAGGGCUACUACUGGAGCUAUGGCUCGUGGUCGGCCUGCAGCAGGGAGUGCGGGUCCGGUUACCAGUCCCGCCUGGUCUUCUGCACCAUCGAUAAUGAAGCCUAUCCUGACUAUUUGUGUGCAUCCCUGCCUCGCCCUGUAAAUAACCGCACAUGCAAUGAGCAGCAGUGCCCCCUAACCCACAGGAUGGCAUAUGUGUACCAGCCGCAAGCCUGGAGACCCAGGGAACCAGCGCGAGUCUAUAUACAGGUGUACAGCUGGAAGAUUGGUGAGUGGAACCAGUGUUCAGUGACGUGCGGCGGGGGUUCUCAGGGCCGGCGGGUGGAGUGUGUGGCCCACGAUGCGUCUGGCUCACGGGUGGUGGAGGACUCUCUGUGUGAGGCCUACACCUCACGGCCCCUCAGCCAGCAGAAGUGCAGCAUGCAGCGGUGUGCUCAGUACAGCGUGUCCGCUUGGUCCCAGUGCUCUGCGACAUGCGGCUCCGGUCAGCAGACGAGGGACGUGUUGUGUGUUGGUUCAGGAGGUGCCCAUCUCGAGGACUACAUGUGUGGGACUCUCCACACACCUCGCAGGACACAGCCCUGUGAGAUGCCUGUCUGCAGAACUGCUGUGGCAUGGCACAUUGGUGACUGGGGCUUGUGCUCUAAGAGUUGUAGCUCAGGGCUUCGGGAGCGGCAGGUGAUCUGUUCAGACACACAGAGGAACCUUUAUGGGGCAGAGCACUGUAACACGCAAAUCAAACCCUCAACUGUGGAGAGCUGCAACACCCAGCCCUGCUACCGCCCCCAGGAGGUGCCGAGCAUGCAGGACCCCAGGGGCUAUGACAACACGCUGCACGGUUUUCACCGCUACACCCCUGACGACCACGGCCCAGUACACCAGCCAGAUACAGUAGGCAUUCCUCCCACCAGCACAAACCUGGCACCUCACUGCAGUCAGACUCCAUAUGGCUGUUGUCCUGAUGGCAGGACACCAGCCAGUGAUUUCUGGGGUCAGGGCUGCACCACGAGACCAUCCUGUACCCACACCAGGUAUGGCUGUUGUCGAGAUGGAGUGAGUCAAGCUCUCGGUCCCAAUAAGGAAGGCUGUCCAGAAUAUGUCCCUCCUACCCCUGCUCCCUCACAUGUAGAUUGCCACAUGUCCACGUACGGGUGCUGUUAUGACGGGGUGAGUGCAGCGUCUGGAGCCUAUGGAGAGGGUUGCCCUGACUCCCCCACCAGCGCACGGCUUGCACCCUGUGAGCUACCGCAUACAUCCGGCCCGUGUGACCGGUGGACCGCCCGCUACUACUACGACCCUGCCUCGUCACGCUGCGUGCACUUCUGGUAUGGCGGCUGCCACGGAAACAGCAACAACUUUGCUACACUUGACAAGUGCCAGCACACAUGUCAGAGUGGAGAGACACUCUCUGUAGAGCAUGGCGGUGGCACCCAGAGCCACGCCGCCAAGCACGCACACCGCGGCCGCGUACAGCUGCACGCUCGUCGGCCCGCCCCCAGAGCCGUGCAGAUCAGCAGCACUGCCGCCAGUUGGACUUCUGCGGGUGUGAGUAUAGACAAGUCGGACCCCUCUACGGUGGAGGGGUUGGCUGGCCAGCUGGUGGUGUUGCCCUGCAGGGUCAGCCCACCUCCCUCCUCCACUGUGACAGUAGAGUGGAGAAGAGACGGAGUCCAUCUGAACCCCUCCAGGCACAGGCAGCAGUCUGACGGAUCACUGCUGGUGGGGCCUGUCACAGUGCAGGACUCCGGCUGGCUGCUGUGUGUGGCCACGCAUGAGCGUGCGAGAGAUCAUCGCUACAUCUACCUGUCUGUCUCAGAGGUUGUUCAGGAGCCAUCGUUACCUCAGGACAGAGCAGAUCCCGCAGAUGCCCUGCCUACAGUCCCUCAUGCGCCCUUUCCCCGGUUCAGUAUCGACAGGGCGGGCUCGGCACUGGUUCAAGCGCGUGCCGCUCAGACAGCCAGACUGUACUGCACCGUUCUGCCCUCCUCUGCAGCUGCCUCAGUCAGAAUUCAGUGGACCAAAAACGGAGGCGUCCUUAACACUCCCAGACACUCCCAGGGCUCAGACGGAACACUGGCAAUUAACAACCUAAAAUCAGAUGAUUCUGGGCUCUACACAUGCACUGUCUCUCGCGGAGAACAGCUGGAGCAGCUGCAAAUCCAGCUCAAAGUUUUGGGAGACCUGAGAAUCAUCACAGCCCCCAGCAGUGCACAGGUGUCACGGGGUGGCACAGCUCAGCUCACCUGCGUAGUUUUGGGGGAAAAUGUCAAGGUCGUCUGGUCCAGGAAUGGCCUCCCGGUACGGCCGGAUGGGCUUCGGGUGCAGGUGUCAGCAGAUGGCGCUCUCACCUUGCAUAAUGUGCAGCCUGCAGAUGAGGGCUCCUAUACCUGCAACGCCUACACGGGAUCAUCCUCAGUCAGUGCCACUGCUGAGGUCCAGGUGACCAAAGAUUACAGCGGAGGCCUGGGGCUGUCGGCUGACUGUGUGGACGAGCCAGAGCUGGCCAACUGUGAGCUGAUCGUCAGUGCCCGCCUGUGUGGCCACCGCUACUUCUUCAGUUUCUGCUGUGCCAGUUGCUUCAGCUAUGCCAUGGGCAAGCGCAGGCCUGGAAGCCGGCUCGGGUAGGGGAGAGAGGCCAGAGCCGUCAGCCUUGCCUGCCAGGGGGAGCUGGCGUUCCUUUUCCUGCAUACAAUUCCGGAACGCCCUGCUCACCGUGCGGCCCUGACGGGUCUGAGAUCAGCUUCAGCCAACUGUUUCUACACUGUUCCCCAAUAUGAGGAGAUGAUCAAAUCUGACCUCAGAUGAGCAGCUAGGGGUGGAGCAAGUCUGCUCCAAAGUACAAAGGGCUGUCAUGUACAGAUUAAAUGAAUGUAAACGCAAUUCAAUAUGCCAGCUCCUCCUAUGGGAAUCUAACUGCUUAUUUUAUUUAUAGACAUGUACUGUGCAUUUAUAUGUUUGUAUCAUUAUUGUUAAUGAAGAAAUAUGAGUGUAAACCAUGCUGUUAAUGGUGAGACACCAUAUAAACAGGUAUAAUCUGAAAUCUUCUCUCCACUGUUUCAGUGAUGGUUCAAUUAUGUUAUGAAAUGGCUGGGUAUUUGACAGCCAGGCAACUUUUAUAAAUUGUCAGUCAUAGCCAUUGUAGCUACAGCUGUCCUGGUUGAAAGGGGUUGUUUUAGUAUUACAUAGGACAGGGACAAACAAUACAUGAGUCGUGCUCUACCUGACCAGAUGGCUCUGCAGGCACUUUGCUGUAGAUGAAAACUCUCAUAAAAAUGAUGACCUUUGCUACAUCUGUCCAUAGAUGAAGGGAUGGUUUGACAAUCAAAAUAAAAUGUGUAUAUGCAGCUAUGUUUUUUUAACGAAGGUUGAUCUGUGUUUAGAUUUUGUAGGUGACAAAAGUAUUUUGCUCAUUUUUGAUAUCAUUGUGUUAAAUUAAGAACUGCUUUCAGGGAAUAUAGUUUUAAAAUUUCCAAAUACUUUACAAAUGUAUUUUGAUGAUGUUUCAAUGAUGGAUAUAUUAUUUUGGAGACCUCGUGUUACAUAAUAUAUUUUCAUUUUUCCCUUUAUAACUUUAUAUUGUAAAAGAAAACAGAAUAUCUUCCAAAAUAAAUUUUGCUUAUAUCUUUACUGCCAUCAAAUUAUCUUGGAAUUCUGCAUGCAGCCUGAUGUGAAACAUAUAAACUAUAAUCUUGUGAAACUUUUGAUAAAAGCUUCAUUAUGAGAUAUAAGAGAUAAUAAGAGAUUAUUGCCCUAAAACGUUGUCAAUGAUUGCUUGUAGAGACGAAUAGCUGCAGUAUUCAUUAAACAUUCCCUAAUA